UUGCUUGUUUUUGGGGGUUUCGAAAGCUCGUCAAAUAAUCCACAAAAAUACUUGACUUAAACCUCAAAAUACCUCAAAAAAGACCUUCUUGAAGCUUGAUUGAUGUAUAAAGAUGUCUGCUUUCUACAAAAUAUAAACCAAUUGCUUCGAAGAUCACAACAUUUAUAACCGUAUCCAAUCAAUUUUCUGACGGCUUCACGACUUUUGUACUAACUUGUCACAAAAAAUAUUUAGAAUUUCAAAGUUUUAUUUAUAUUUUAUUGAAUCUAUGGCGGCCAGUAGUGGAAACAACAGAUCUCCUAAAGAUUUACCAGCAAUCAUCAAAUCCCAUCAGAACAACGAACUAGAGAAUGCUGAAGAGAUGAGAGCGAAUCUAGAGAAGUUAAAAGCCCUUAGCAAGGACGAUCUAUCAGAGAAUGCUAUGUUAAGAUCACGGAUCGACCAACAAUCAGAACUCAUUUGUAUCUUGAAACAAAGAGCAGACGAAUCGCUCAAGAAAUCUAUGAAACUGGAAAAAGAUAUAGAGGAAUUUAGAAAAACGAGAGAAGACGCUCUUUCAGCACUACAGACCGAAACAAGAAAAUAUAACGUACUACAGAAACGAUUCGAUGUACUGAAUUCGAACCAUGAAGAAAUAAUUGCCAUUAAGGAUGAAUAUAAGAUUCACAAUGAAAAGUUACGGCGUGAAAACGAAAGACUUGGGCACGAAAACAAGCUGUUGUUUGCUGAGACAGUUAAAAAGAGAGACGAAGAGAUAAAGACGUUACGAGAAGAGAUUGAAAGAAUGCGAGAGAAGUAUUCUUCUGUAGAUGAUGAAAGAAGAAAAAUGAAUGAAGACAUGGAAAAGUUGGCAGAAAAGUCAAAAAAAGAAAAGAAUGAGUUGGAAGAAAAAAUAACAAAAAUGGAGGAAACUUCAACUAUGGAAUUAAACACGUCGAAAGAAAAGAUCGCAUCAUUAAAGAAAGUUGUGCAAAGUGAACUGGAUAAAAUGAGUGAAUUACAGAAAGAUCGAGAUGAAUUUGCUCAACUGGCUCUCGAAAGAGGAAAAGCUAUGAAGGAAAAAACCCAGGAAAACGCACAUUUAGGAAGUCGUCUGGAUGAAGCAGAAAAAACGUUAAAAGAAAUGAGCGAUAAGUUUACGUCGGAACUCGAGACGAUGUCGACUAGUUCUCAACUACGUAGACUAAAGAAACAACUCGAGGAGGCCGAGAAAAAGUCGCUCGAUCAGCAAAAGGAAUUCGAGGCGUACAAGAAACACAUGUCGACGUUACUCAACAGAGAAAAGAAACUUAACGAUAAACUACGAGUUAUGAUCGGAUAGCUUGAAAUAUUCGCUACAAAAUUACUCUUGUAUCAUAACCUUGCUAGUGUGCAGAAUAAAUUAAAUAAUAUAUUAAACGAAAUUGAAAUAAAAACUGCCAUUAAAGAUAAGUUAAAAGUA